AUGCAGAUCAAGGUUCGCACGCUCACCGGCAAGGAGAUCGAGCUCGAUAUCGAGGGCGACUACAAGGUCUCGCAGAUCAAAGAGAAAGUCGAGGAGAAGGAGGGAAUCCCCCCCGUUCAACAGCGCCUGAUCUACGGCGGCAAGCAGAUGGCGGACGAUAAGACGGCGACGGACUACGCUCUGGUCGGUGGCGCGACGCUGCAUUUGGUGCUUGCGCUGCGUGGCGGCGACGCUGCUGCCUCCUCGCCCUUCCUGUAA